GGGCGACACAGCGGCGGGGCGGGCGGCGGCAGCGCUGGGACCGCGGCGGCCGCCGGGCUCGCCGGCAGACGGACGGACGGACGGACGGACGGGCGGGCGGGCGCAGCACGGGGAGGCUGCGGGGCAUGGGGAAGCGCGGCCGGCCGCGGAGGGAGCCGCGGAGCGAGCCGCGGAGCGAGCCGCGGAGCGCAGGGGCGGCCGGCGGGGCCCGGUGCCCCCUCGGGGACAUCUGCAACACGAGCCCCGCGGCGGGCAUGGACACCUUCCUCUACAACGUGCAGGUGCUCCUGGAGGCCGCCAGCUACCUGGAGCGGAUCGAGAAGGAGAAUAAAAAGUGUGAACAUGGCUAUGCCUCGACCUUCCCCUCAGUUCCAAGCCCUGGACUACAAGACCCAAAGCCCACACGGAGGCUGAGCCGGGCACGGAAAUACAGCGGCAGUGGCAGCAUUGCCAGUAUUGCCACCAGGUCUACGCACAAUGAACUAGAAAAGAACCGCCGAGCUCACCUCCGCCUGUGUCUAGAACGCUUAAAAGUUCUGAUACCGCUCGGACCAGACUGCACCCGGCACACCACGCUUGGGCUGCUCAACAAAGCCAAAGCACAUAUCAAGAAGAGAUUGAAGUGGACGUUGAAAGCACAGAGUUCUCCCAUGGAGAAGUGGACAAUAUCAGCACAACCAGCAUCAGUGACAUUGAUGAUCACAGCAGCUUGCAGAGUAUUGGGAGUGAUGAGGGUUACUCCAGCGCCAGUGUCAAGCUCUCAUUUGCUUCCUAGAACCAAGUGAGACAACAGUGCAGGGUGAAUGAUUUCACUGGGAUGAUCAAACUGGGUCCUAGAUGCCAGUAUCCUCUUUCAGAAUUGACAUAUUGACAGCUAGGCCUGGAGAGACCUGUAUAUAAAGCUUUUUGGGUAAAGGAAGCCUCCCCAGAAACCCAUAUUUGUCCAUUUGGUCAUGUUACCAAUCCCAAUUUCUGCUGGCAAAAAGUUAGGCCAAAUACUAAUCCCUUUGCAGUCAAUGAAAUCCGUUUGUUUCUGUGGGACCUGGAUCUAGACCUUAGUGAUGAAAAACUUUGUUUUGAAUUUAUUUGAAAUUGUUUGAAAGAGGAUACUAGAGACUCAUCCCUCUCUUUCUGUCAUGAGAUCUGAGAAAUGUCAAAAUUUCUUACACUGCAUUCAGAUUGAACAAGCUAAUUUAAGCCCUUCUGAAGAGCUUUUGUGGUCCUGAAAGGACUGUAUCCUACAGUUUACCACAAUCUAAUGCUGUCACAAAUUGCUAGAAAUCUAAGAAGGCUUACGUAGCCUAGGAAUAACAGUGACAAUAAUGAUUAAGGUCUCAUUCUGUGCCCAGAGGGAGAGGGUCAGCGAUGUUCAGGGGAGAACACCAUUCAACUCAGCUUUCUGUUGGACAUCAUUUAAACAGUGAGUACCUCUGAAGCGUGGCUAAAGCGAGAGGUACACACCUGUAAUCUACCAGCACAGGGUGGGCUGUCAGGCCUGGGGCUGUGCCAGCGCCAGCAGAUCCCGGUAGAUGUGUGCCCCUCGCAGGCACACGGCCAGCUGAGGGCAGAACGAAACCAGCACUCGAGAGGUGACACACCAGACAGUCAUGCCCAGAUACUGAGCCACUAUGACCUUUUUAUUUGAAGUGAUUUUUUGAUAAACAUUUGUAAAUGUGUUGGGAGGGAAAACACCCCAAGUCUGAUGCAUCUUUUUAGAGCUUGUCCAUAUGAAACCUUAGAUGUCUUUUAUAUGAAUUUAUGCCAUGAAAAGAUCUCUGUUUUGAUGAAGCACUUGACCCAAUGAGAUGCAAAGAUCCUUUUUUUGCCAUGCACACAAUGGAUGAAGGCUGUGCUAAGCUGGAAGAGGCCAGGUUUGGUGGGGGUUUCUUCAGUUUUCUUUUUAGAAUCAUUCCCUUUGCUGACUUUUGAAGUUCCAGUCCAGUAGUUAACCUAGUUAAGCUCAGCACGUCUCUCAUGUUAAUGUAACGUUUUGACUGCACGUCCUGUUCCCAAGGGCCUUGCCAUCUUAUCUGUGCAGGUGCUGUUAAGAGCUGUUAUAGCAAAUGUUUUCUAAUUUUCUCCAAGACAAGCAUUCUAACCUGCACUUUGAGGGCUUUGCUUUUUUAUUUUUGUCUUUUUAAUGGCCAGGAUUAUUUUGUUUUCCAAGUUUUAAAAACCUUAAUAGAGUCUUCACCUAUGGCAUUGUUUGAAACUUUGUAUAUCCUUAAGUAAUUUAAUUACCCCUCAUUACUAAGAAAAAAAGAGGAAAAAAUGCUUUAUAAAAUUCAUAACUUAUUGCUGAUUUGAAUGGGUUGUUAAUUUCAGUCCUUUAGAUUUUAUUUUAUUGUUUUAGAUAGGAUUGGGGAAAAAGAGGUAAAAUAAAGUAAAAAAAUAAAGACAACCAUAUUUAGCAGUGCAGUGGAAUUGUGUUUAAAUGUUAGCAUAUGGUCCCCAUUAAAGUAGCACUUUAACGCCAUUAAACAUUUCUGUAUCUGAAAUGAGUUGUGUUCUUCCAUCUUGGUCAUUCCUGUCACUUCAGCCAACUGCUGUUCUUCUUGUGCCCUUUGGUCCUGCAGUGACAUCCCGAGCAAGUCUCAUGUAGAGUUCAGCACUGUGAUAACUUGCCUGUGUUUAAAUACUCUGAUCUUUCCCCCACUCUCCAAAAUGUGUCAUUCAUGUGUCAAGAGGCACAACACACAUGCUUGAGUAGAGAUACAAUCUUUCCAUGGCUGUAAUGAAUCAUUUCUCUCCAGUCCAGGUAUUUUUAAAUUAAUUUGCUUACUAAGUUUGCAUCCGGUUGCAGUUGUUAAACGUGUUUUCACUUGUGUGCAUGUAAUCCAGUGUCUCAGUCCAUCUGUUCUUCUUUCUGGGAGGUUACCUGGCAGGAGCAGGAGUCUGCCACAGAGUGAAUUAAGCUCUAGGUUACAAAUGGAGCCCAAGGGCUUUGAAAGAAAAUCUGCUGCUUGGAUUUACAUUUGGGGUCUAUAUGAUCUCUGAAUGAUACAAGGCUUGAAACAGUCUGUAGAGUGGUGAAAAGUAGGAAACUUCUGCAUGGCAUCACUUAUUUAUUAUUCUCCUUGGAAGUGUUGACCACUGGCAGUUCUGGGGCUGAGCAGUUGGAUACCAGUUGGAUUUAUUUAUUUAUGAGCCCUUUUCCAUAGCUGUCCAAGCACCACCUUUUUCCUGUUAUUUCUGUUUGUGUUAAAUGCCCACUUGGGAAAGCAGUACAACAGCUGAGAAGCACUGAAGCUCAAGGGAUGGAAAAUGGCUGUGCUCUCCUAGUUGGUAUAAAACAGUGACAUCUCUAUGGUUGGAAUAAAUGCAUUUGAAAUGUU